AUGUCGACUCGACGCCCUCUCGCCAACGUGCCGAAUGCCACCAAUUCUCCUCACAGGACCGGGCUCUUGCCUGCCAAACGAGCCCGGUCGACUCAACUCGAGAUUCCAUACGGCCAGCCCCCGCCCAAGAAGCAAGUGAUGGAUGUUGCGGAGCAAGAGACUCGGUCUCCCUCGCGGAGUAGAUCAACCGUUCAACAAAGCACUGAGUCUAGGCUCUUUGCUCGCCGAUCCAAUAACGCCAACCCUAGCGCGUUUGAGAAGAAGCUCGUUGCAGCGAGAGAUCGUGAACGGCAGCCGGUUGUGAAGGGAACCAAGGGCGAGAGGCCAUCCGCGGAUACGCUGGAUAAUAUUCGUCAAUGGCAACGGCAUUACCGCAAGGCUUUCCCUCAGUUUGUCUUCUAUUUCGAUAGUAUCCCAGAAGAUGUUCGCCGAAAGUUCUCUCGUCAGGUGGUUGCACUUGGAGCUCGUGAGGAGAAGUUCUUCUCUCGACUAGUCACCCACGUCGUCACCUCACGUCCCAUCCCUGCCGAAGCCGUCACAAGUCCAACCGAAGAGUCUACAGCUACACCAGAGGCUAGUGGUGAUGCCCAUAUCCAAACAGUCAACCCAUCCUUACUAGACAAAAGUGCUGGUCGCCGGGAUCAAGGAAACAUGGAUGUCUUGCAAAGAGCUCGACAGAUGGGCAUGAAGAUCUGGGCACUGGAGAAGUUGCAACGGAUGAUCACGACAAUCAAUGACAAUGAGCUUGCUGGUCAACAUGAUGCUGUAUCGCGGAGCAAAGCUGCCGGUGGCCAUACUACGCAUGGCAAGGGUGAUAAUGAUCUAUCACGCGUGCUUCGUCAAGAAAUGUUGAAUGGGCCAUCGGACCGCGAUCCUCUGGCAUCUAUGGAAAUGCUGGUGUUCAAGGGGCCUUUUAUCUACAUCCACGACAUGAACGAGAAGACCAAGCCGGUCAUGGUUCGAGAGUAUUCGCGCGUCGCCAAACGCCAGGAUGGAUCUUGGCCCCAAUUCCGAAGUGCGCCCCUGGGCAAGUGUCCUUUUAUCGAUGAGCCUCCCAGUCGCAAAGAGUAUGAUCGUCACCGGAUGCGUCAAGCUCAGAAGGAAAAGAAAGCCGCUCGACAGAAUGUUGAGGAGCCUCAACCUCAACCUGUUGCUACUAAUGAAACGCCCAUCGACACCAAAGCAUGCACAGAAGUCGCCAAGCCACAGAUGUCAAUUGAGGAGAAUUCGAAGCCUCUAUCACCAAGCUCUGAAAGCUUCAUCCCUCCUAAUUUUCCUCGAACUGGUCCUUUCUAUACUGGCCGCGAGCCUGCGGCAUCCGGUGUGCAACCAUCCAAUGUUACUUCCGCUAUCCGAUCACAGAUGAUCUCUUCCACUGCAGCUGCGCCUGGUGCUAAGGCAGGACUGAGCAAGGAAGUCCACGGGUUGAAACGCAAGGUUCUGGAGAAGGGCACUGGUGGUAUCAUCACGGGAUCGAUGGCCGCACCUCAACGUCCGAGCAACGGCUCGUCACUGAACCCCAUCAGAGCUCAAUCAACCGAGUCCAACAAAUCAGCUGUUCCUGAGAAGACUGGCCACGAAGAGGAUGGAAAUCAAUCCGAAGGAGCUGGUAACAAGCGCCGGCGGGACGAGCGACGGGAUAGCCAACAGAAGAAGCCUGAACAACGGCGACGAGAUCCCAAACCUGGGUACUGUGAGAACUGCAGAGACAAGUUUGAUGACUUUGAAGAGCACACCCUCACUCGAAAGCAUCGUCGAUUUGCACAGAACACUUCCAACUGGGCCGAACUCGACGCCCUACUCUUCGAAAUUCAACGCCCGCUCAAGGACGAGUAUCAGUUUUGA